UCUACUUUAACUCUUGUUUUAAGUUCUUGUUUCAGCAGAUGAAGCUAGUGUUUGCUGUAACACUUUCAUCAGUCAUAUGUGUGUUUCAUACUGCCUGUGCUGAAUCCUCAGCUCAGUCGGGGGAUGCAGGUAGGCAGGCUGAGAGACAGAGGAGUCAGCCAUGGGAUGACAGCCAGGCUGGACCAAGCCAGGUCUCAGUUGGCUCUCUGUUUAGUGUCUGACGUGGUCCUUUGAGCAUUUUGCUGAGGCAGCAUAGUCCAUUCAUAAUCGAACAGCCUGGAGGCUGACACUCUCCCUGUCCCUGUAUAGACACACACAGGCCAUCCGGGUACUUUAGGGGGGUACAGCUAACUGGCAAGCAAUCCUGCAGUGUGCCUUAUAAAUUACUGCCAUUUUUUGACCCCAGAGACAGACAAGCAUGCAACAACUGGGUCAUGACUGGCCUCGGUGCCUCAGUUCUGUAACUCUCCUACAAUGAUUGUGAUGGUGGGAUUGCCAGCAAGAGGGAAGACGUACAUCUCCAAGAAGCUCACUCGCUACCUGAACUGGAUCGGCGUGCCUACAAAAAUGUUUAACGUGGGCCAGUACCGCAGGGAGGCUGUCAAGAUCUAUAAGAACUUUGAGUUCUUUAAGCCUGAUAAUGAGGAGGCCAUGAAAGUCCGCAAGGCCUGUGCAGCAGCCGCCCUCAAAGACGUAGCUGCCUACUUCACAAAGGAACAGGGACAAGUAGCCGUAUUUGAUGCUACCAACACCACCAGGGAGAGGAGGGCAGUCAUUAUUAGUUUUGCGAAGGAGAGGGGCUACAAAGUGUUCUUUGUGGAAUCAAUUUGUGAUGACCCAGGAAUCAUUGCAGAGAAUAUUAAGCAAGUAAAAUUUGGGAGUCCAGAUUACGCGGGUCGUGACAUAAAUGAGGCCAAGGAAGACUUCAUCCAGCGCAUUGAGUGUUACAAGGCCAGCUACAUGCCUAUAGACGAUGAGAUGGACAGGAAGCUUUCCUACAUCAAGAUCUUCGAUGUCGGCAGUAGAUACCUUGUGAACCGGGUCCAGGACCACAUUCAAAGCAGGAUAGUCUACUACCUGAUGAACAUCCAUGUCACACCGAGAUCCAUCUACCUGAGCCGCCACGGAGAGAGCGAACUCAACCUAUUAGGUUGCAUUGGUGGAGAUUCAGGCCUCUCCCCUAGAGGACAGAAGUAUGCCAAUGCCUUGGCGGCCUUCAUCAAAGGUCAGAAUAUCAGUGACCUGAAGGUGUGGACAAGCCACAUGAAGAGGACCAUCCAGACUGCAGAAGCUCUGGGAGUCCAGUAUGAACAGUGGAAAGCCCUCAAUGAGAUAGACGCUGGUGUAUGUGAGGAGCUAAGCUACGAGGAGAUUCAGGAGAAUUUCCCAGAAGAGUUUGCACUGAGAGACCAGGACAAGUAUCGUUAUCGUUACCCCAAGGGUGAGUCCUAUGAGGACCUUGUCCAUCGUCUAGAGCCGGUGAUCAUGGAGCUGGAAAGGCAGGAAAACGUUCUGGUAGUCUGUCACCAAGCUGUGAUGCGCUGCCUGCUGGCCUACUUUUUAGACAAACCUGCAGAUGAGCUGCCUUAUCUAAGAUGCCCCCUUCACACUGUGCUCAAACUCACACCAAUCGCCUAUGGGUGUAAAGUUGAGCCAUUUUUCCUCAAUAUCGAAGCAGUCAACACACACAGAGAGAGGCCAGUGAAUGUCGACAUCAACAGAAACCCAGAGGAUGCUCUGCUGACUGUUCCUGACCACAUAUAAAUGCUGUUCUGUGAGAAACGGACUACAAUCAUGUGAAACUGGAUGUUUAGCAUCACUAAAUAUUAGAGAUGUACUCCAGUUAAGGUUGUGUGAAGACAGGGGCCUUUGGGGCAGGAGAAGACAAGAUGGUAGGAGUAUGUUAGCCAGCCUAUACUGUACAUUACAUGAAACACCACUACAGAAGCACAUGGACUCCCCCUGCAGUGACUGAAAAGGUGUUGCUGGUACAGGAGAUUCUGUUUUCAACAUGUCAGUGAAAUGUUCUUGUGUCUUAUCUGACUAGAGUUUGCUUUUCUCAACAUUUUGAAAGUGUCACAUUGUUUACAAAUGAUUUAGAGAAAAGAAAUAAUGCACUGUGUAUUGAGGCUGAGAGGAAGACAUGUAAAAAGAUGCAGGGAGGUUGUCAUUUGUAACUUGGGCCUACGUGCACAUGUAACUGUUGUACAGAUAACAUAAUGUGAUGUUGAUAAUUAAUUAUAGAGGUAGGAAUCAGCACCGUGGACAGCACCCAAACAAACAAAACAUUGUGUUGUAGAUUUGGGCACCUGACUGUAAUGUUUGUGAUAUAGAUAAGAUGCCAAACUUCAGGUGGGUUUGAAUGAAAUUAUGUAAAUAAAGUAAAGCCUGCAACCUGUUACUGGGUAGAAAAUAAAUUCACAAGUCAGAGACA